CAUAUCACACGGUUCUUCCUCUUCCCAUUUUCGUAAUGUAUAUCUGACACAGUCAAAGCCAACUCAAACAUUCAAAAAUACGACCUUUUUCCAUUUCCAGUACCCUCUUCACCCGACUCACCUCACUCAAUUCACCAAAACCAAACCAAAUUUACCUUUAACGUUACGUAACGUUCAUCAACCUCAUCUUCUCCUUCCUCGAACUUUCAUUUCCUCUUCGUACAAUCUAUCGUACCCUUUUCAACAUAAUCACUAAAGCUAACUCCUUUCAUUGACCCUUUUACUCAUUCAUGAACUAGGGUAAUAGUACCCUAUACCCUGUAUAUAUUUGUAUUUUUUGUUGAGAUUUUUUCAUUUGGGUAUGGAGGUGGAAAAGGGUAUUGAGAUGGUGGCAUUGGAAUCUCUGGGUAAAGGGUUUGAUUUGGCUAGUGAUUUUCGUUUGAGGUUUGCUAAGGGAAUUCGUGAGGGUGGUGGUGGUGGUGAUAGUAGGAAAAGGUUGGUGGUGCUUGAUGAACAAAACAAGAGAGAUAUUUUGAUUCCUGGAGUUGGUGGAGCUACCAUAAUCAAAGGGGUUUCUGAGAAUAUCCGUUGUGAUAAAGGGGAUCGAAUUCGCUUCAAGUCUGAUGUACUUGAAUUCAAUCAGAUGUCUGAGUUGCUAAAUCAAAAAUCAGCAGUACAUGGAAAAAUACCUUCUGGCUAUUUUAAUGCUCUUUUUGAUUUGAGUGGUGAUUGGCUUCGAGAUGCUUCUGACAUCAAAUCUCUUGCUUUUGAUGGAUAUUUCAUAUCUCUCUAUUGUCUGCACUUGACUACUUCUCCACUUGUACUGCAAGAGGAAGUAAAGAAGUCUGUUCCAGCUCAGUGGGAUCCCGCCGCAUUGUCUAGGUUCAUCCAGACAUAUGGUACUCAUAUAGUAGUAGGCAUGGAUGUUGGAGGUCAAGAUGUAAUUUGUGUCAAACAAAGACAUUCAUCUAAGAUUCCUCCGGGUGAUAUCAGAAGACAUUUAGAGGAUCUUGGAGAUUUUUUAUUUUCGGAUGUAAGAAGUCCUUCUUCAUUACAGAGGAAGACGGCAGAUAGCAAACAGAAGGUUCCCGAGGUCUUUAAUCGAGUGAUGCAAUCAAACACAACGCAGUUUACUAGUAUUUCAGAAACAUCGAGCAAGGAUGGCCUAACUAUUAUUUGCUCCAAAAGAGGAGGAGAUGUGUACAAGCACAGUCACUCAAAUUGGCUCCAGACAGUCCCUUCUAAUCCUGAAGCCAUCAAAUUCAAGUUUGUUCCUAUUUCAUCACUUCUGACCGGAAUUCCUGGAAGUGGCUAUCUUAGUCAUGCAAUCAACUUAUAUUUACGCUAUAAGCCUUCUCCCGAAGAUUUACAAUAUUUUUUGGAGUUUCAAAUUCCAAGGCAAUGGGCGCCCAUGUUUUGCGAACUGCCUCUCAGGCAUCAGCGGAGAAAAACCUCUUCCCUUUCCCUGCAAUUCUAUUUUUUUGGUCCAAAGCUUCAAAUUAGCUCUACACAGGUGGUAAGUGAUCAGAAACCCGUGGUUGGCCUCCGCCUGUUCUUGGAGGGCAAGAAAAGUGACAGACUUGCUUUACAUAUAAAUCAUCUUUCAAGCCUCCCAAACAAAAUGAUCCUCUCUUCAGAUACCUCAACCCCGAGCGUACGAUCUAUGUGGCGAGGAUCCGAUGAAAAUGAAUCCAGUAACCAAUUCCUGGAACCAAUCAGAUGGAAGAGAUUCUCAAAUGUAUGCACAGCUGUCGUCAAGCACGACCCUAACUGGUUGAAUAAUUGCGGAGGUGUUUACAUAGUAACCGGUGCACAACUCAUUACCAAAGGAAGUUGGCCAAGAAACGUGCUUCAUCUAUGUCUUCUCUUUACUCAUAUAACCAACUGCACCAUACGGAAGUCGGAGUGGGGUACCGCACCCGAGACUUCAAGAAAAUCAUCUUUCCUCACAAAUUUGAGCACAACAUUUUCAUUCACUCAGCAGGGUAUCACUGCUGCUCCACCAAAGAAGCCUCCUACUUCACUUAACUCUGGCAUUUAUCCAAACGGCCCACCCGUACCUGUUCGCUCGAGCAAGCUAUUGAGAUAUGUUGAGACAGCUGAGGUUUUACGAGGCCCUCAUGAUGCUCCUGGACAUUGGAUGGUCACAGCUGCUAAGCUUGUGACCGACGGUGGUAAGAUAGGAUUGCAAGUAAAAUUCGCAUUGUUGGACUAUUGGUGAUUCUAGGUGGCUACUAUAUUCAAGCGUGUAGUAAUAUCAAUGGUGAUCAUGUAGGGUUUGCUUCAUUUUUUUUUAAAAUCUACAUAUUACAUGUACAGAUAUCAUUUUUAAA